AUGGCCAUGGCUGCUUUCCUGGUAGCUUUGGUCCAAACGGCUUUAUUGCCAUCAGCUAUUGGAGGUGCAUAUUAUGGACAUCAUCCUCAGCAACACCAACCUAUACCACAGAUGCAUCACAUGGGCAUGGGAAAGGACAUACCACACAUGCCAUAUCCACACUACAGAAAAGACAUACCUAUGCACCUAAACAAAGGCAAGGAUAACAAAGGUGAGACCAUUCCCAGAGGUGAUCAGAGUGCUAAAGGAGAGGCUGGACCUCAAGGCCCACCUGGCCCACCUGGUCCCCGGGGAUCUCCUGGGCCUCAAGGUAAUGGCAUGGCAGGGCCCCCUGGAAAGCUGGGACCUCCUGGUCCUCCAGGAAUUCCUGGACUUGGUAAGCCAGGGAUGCCAGGUAUGCCAGGAAAGCCAGGGGGUAUUGGGCAGCCUGGACAGCAAGGUGAACAAGGUCCCAGAGGUGAAGAUGGACAACCAGGCAUGACUGGGCCAACUGGCCCUCCUGGACCACCAGGCCUACCAGGAAUAGGAAAGCCUGGUGGACAAGGAUUACCAGGACAGCCAGGGGCUAAAGGAGAGCCAGGACAUAAGGGCUUACCAGGCCUCCAAGGGUUACCUGGACCCAAAGGAGAUAGAGGAAUUGGACUACCAGGCCCUCAGGGGCCCAGAGGGCCAGCUGGGCCACCAGGGCUCCCAGGCCAGGCAGGAUUACCAGGAGUGGGUAGACCUGGUCUACCCGGUGUGUCAGGUCCACCAGGUUUGCCAGGAAAACAAGGACAGCCUGGGGAGCCAGGUCCACAAGGUCAGCCUGGUGAACAGGGUACCCAAGGACUACAAGGGAUUCCUGGUAUUGGAAGGCCAGGAGAAAUUGGAAAACCAGGUCAGCCUGGUCCACCUGGACACAAAGGAUUAACAGGACCACCGGGGUUACCUGGGAAACCUGGUGUACCUGGAUUUGGCAAACCUGGAUACCCUGGCCCCAAGGGUGACAAAGGGAUGGGAGGACCACCUGGUGCACCAGGACCAAAAGGAGACAAAGGUUAUGAUGGUCAACCAGGCACGAUCGGUCCACCAGGUGAAACUGGUCCCCCAGGUGCACCAGGCCCCAUGGGACCCUCAGGUGGAAUUGGUGCCCCAGGACAAAAAGGAGAGGGAGGUGCAGUAGGGGCCAAGGGAGAUCAGGGACCUAUUGGGCAACCAGGACCGCCAGGAUUUGCUGGUCAACCAGGUCUGCAAGGUGAGGAUGGAGAACCUGGCCCAAGAGGACUACCAGGACCUAUUGGCCCCAAAGGAGAUGGGGGAAACAAUGGGGAACCUGGUGCCCCAGGUUCACCUGGCCUGCCGGGUCUGAGGGGAGAACAUGGUCAGCCUGGUCCAGAAGGACCACAAGGGCCCAAAGGCAUUCCAGGACUUACAGGACCUGGAGGACCAAUUGGACCUCCAGGACCUCCUGGGUCAAAGGGAGAGGUUGGUCCACCAGGUCAAGCUGGUCCACCUGGUGAAGGCAACACUGGUGCUCCUGGUCCUUCUGGUCCUAUAGGUCUACCUGGCCCAAUUGGUCCCCCAGGUCAGCCAGGAACUGCAGGUCCCCCAGGGCCUCCUGGACCUCCAGGUCCACCGGUUUCCCCUGACCUGAUGGGUGUUCUUCCUGAGAUGGGCCCAGCCCUUGAUGGUGUAAAAGCUGGUGGGUACAAAAAAGGAAAGUAUGCAGGUGGAGCUGACAUGAUGGGAGCUAAUGGUUUGGAGAUGCCUGCUUUCACUGCCCAGCUGACCACACCAUUCCCUCCAGUUGGAACACCUAUAGUGCUUGACAAAUUAUUGUAUAACGGACGACAAAAUUACAAUCCUCAGACAGGUGUGUUUACCUGUGAUCUCCCAGGCAUCUACUACUUUGCCUAUCAUGUGCACUGCAAGGGUGCCAAUGUCUGGGUGGGUCUCUACAGAAAUGGGGAGCCACUCAUGUAUACAUAUGAUGAAUACACAAAGGGAUUCCUUGAUCAAGCAUCGGGGAGUGCUGUGAUUCCAUUACAACCAGGAGACACAGUUUACUUACAGUUACCAUCUGACCAGGCAGCUGGAUUUUAUGCAGGACAGUAUGUCCACUCAUCCUUCUCUGGCUUUUUACUAUACCCUAUGUAGAAAGCGUAAGUGAAAAUAAGUCAAAAGAGAAAAAGAGAAGCAAAGACUUGGAUUAAAAUAUUUGACUUUUCUAAAAAUGUCAGUAUUUCUAAAUACAUUAUUACAGGAAAGAAUGCAA